AUGUGCCGACAUGUGAUAUGCCGUGAGUUCGCAAACUCAGGGGCUUGCAAGUUCAAGAAAUGCAAGUUUGCCCACGUGAAAGGCAGCUACAGUCCUGCUACCAAUCCAAAGGAACGCAAAUCGAAACCGACUGAUCUAUCGAAUUCCGAGCGAGAAUUUCGAACAUGGCGAAGGGAUAUUCCACUCGAUGUGGCGAACGCCAGGCCCCUUCGUGGCCGGUUAGCGCCAUUUUUCCAGGAUGCUCGGCGACUGAUAGAUGUCGAUGCCGGUGUACGCCAGGACGUGAUACAAGCUCUCGCUCGUGACGGUGGUUUGAUGCGAAUCAAAGAGCUGGUCGGUCAGGAUUUUCAGUCCAUGGCGACCGUGCAAAAAGAGAACGUUUUCAAGAAGCAGAUGUUGCCUUUCCUGGAGAUAGUCUCCCAUCCAAGUGUUCUAUCGUCGCUGGUUCUGGAGCAGGUUGUUGGAACGAUAUACAAUUUCUUGUUCGGUUUUAACGGGGAGAGAGCCUCCGGCUUGUUCAAAUACAUAUGUGAUGUUUUGGAAACGGCGAAUAAAGAUGAGGACUGUGCCUCACGAUUCGAUGUCUCUGUCCAUGUCUUUUCAAAGAUCGUGGACUUAAACUCGACAGCAAUCGUCCAAGAGUCACUUAAAGCCCCGGCUAAAAGGUUUGAAGACGUGUUUCUUGCCUUGAGCACUGACACGACCGACAUCUACCAUAAUGCGCGCUCGCAUCUUGAACGUCUGCUGUGUAGACUAGAAGUCGGAAGCUCCCUACCGUCUGCAGCAAAGAAAACGCCAAAAACAGCAACAUCGAGCGUCUCCUUUGUCAUACGCCGUGAACCCCCUGGUGGCCGCCAUGACAAUGACCAUAGAGAUAUUUGCGACAUCAGUAUCAUGCCCAGCUUCCAAGAAAUCUCGUGCAACCGUACUGAGUACCUCCCCAUUAUUGAUCCAACGCAGUGGCAUGUUGGUGGGCUAGAUGGACUAUUGGAUAGAAACUUCCGUUUGCUACGUGAGGACACCAUCGGCCAACUUCGAGAUGCGAUCCACAGCGAAACGGAUCGUUCGAAACAUUCAAAAAUGCAAAAAUCACAGCAGCGUACAUAUGUGUAUAGCGAUGUCCAGAUCGUGAAGCUCUCCUUCGGCCAGCUUGUGGGCUUUCACUUUGAGAUUGGCUUCCCGCAACCCACCGCCGCCGUUAGAGCACCAUCGGCCAAGGAACGGGAGAAUUGGUGGCGGAUGUCGAAACGUCUGCAGCCUGGGGCACUCAUCUGUUUGAUAAUUAAGGGAAACCAGGUGCUUUUCUGCACCGUCACCGAGUCCCCAAGACCUUCGCCUCGGAAGGAGAAAGACCGGAACAAGCCCCAAGCAAAGUCGGAUGGGCUGUGGAAAGAAUCUACUACUGCAACAGUCUCAUUGGAACUCACCAAUUCCAACAACAGGGAUAUUCAAUGCAUCCUUGAUCACUACAGCUCGGGUGCUUCGAGGUUCACUCUUGUCGAAUUCCCCGGUGUCCUUCUUCCUGCCUUCGGACCAACUCUUCGCGCCUUGCAGUCAAUGAAGCGGACUGGGAGUCUUCCAUUUGCAGAUCUUCUCGUUUCUACGAACGAAAGAUCAGAAGUCUCUUUCCCUCCGUACGCAAUGAAGCCUGGAUUUGCUUUUGAUCUUAGUAGUGUGAUGGAUAAAGGUGCCAAUCUUUCCAUCCGUCCCGGUCAGCCAGUCGACCUACAAUAUCUUCAGCAGCACUCGAGUCUUGACGAUGCCCAGGCUGCUGCUCUGGUCAGCUGUCUCCAGCGGAAAAUUGGACUUGUUCAAGGGCCACCCGGUACUGGGAAGAGUUACACUGGAGUCGCACUCAUAAAAGUACUGUUAGCAAACAAAAUGCGUGGGAAGACACGACUUGGACCGAUUAUCUGUGUCACCUACACCAACCACGCACUCGACCAGUUGCUUGAGGCUCUCAUCGACAAGAAUGUGACAUCACAGAUUGUUCGUAUUGGAUCGCAGUCCAAAUCUGAGAGACUGGAGCCAUUUAACCUGCGAAAUGUCGCCAGGAAUUCCGAAGCAACGAAGAUGGAAAAGUCGGGACGAUGGAAUUUGUAUCGACAGCUUGAGGAAAAUGAGGACGAAUUCGAGACCAUUGGCUUGGACAAGAAUGUUUCUUUUUCUCGACUGUCGGUCUAUCUUCACCAGCAAUAUCCCGACCACUACAACCAGCUGUUUGGGAAUGACGAAGAUGAUUUUGAGAAACCAGAUAAAGACCCCCGAAAACUCAUUAAGACAUGGUUGCAUACUGGCUCACGACGCAAUGGGAUUGUUCGCCCUGUAGAUCAACUCGACAGAGCCAGCGUUUAUGAGAUGUCUCAAGCAGAGCGAGCAGCUUUGUUCAACCAUUGGGGUACCGAAAUGAAAGCGAAAAUGCAUGAAGAAGUCAUCGAACUCGCCUCGUCUCAUUCUAAAGCCAAAUCCGAGCUCGAUAAUAUCCGUGACGAAGUGCGUCUGCGAUGUCUGAACGAAGCAGACAUCAUCGGCCUUACAACCACAGGACUUGCCCGGAACCUGAAUAUGCUCCAACGUCUCCAAUCCAAGGUUGUUCUGUGCGAGGAAGCUGGUGAAGUCCUUGAAUCUCAUCUCCUUACAGCUUUUUUGCCAUCGGUUGAGCAUGCUAUUCUUAUUGGUGAUCAUCUCCAGCUUCGUCCCCAGGUGCAAAACUACGAGUUGUCUCGGGAAAAUCGUUGUGGAGGCGAAAAGUACUCUUUGGAUGUGUCUUUAUUCGAACGACUGGUCGAUUCAGAGAGUGUCAUGGGCUCUGGCCUCCCAUUCAGCACAUUGGAAACCCAGCGUCGGAUGCAUCCAUCCAUCGCACAACUGGUCCGCGAUACGUUAUAUCCACAGCUCAUUGAUUCCCCGUCUACGCUACAGUAUCCAGAAGUAGUUGGGAUGAGAAAGAGACUAUUCUGGCUUGACCAUCGCAUGUUUGAAAAUGACGCCUCGAGUACAGAUGCCGUGUCAACUUCCCACUGGAACAAACACGAGAUUGAGAUGACGGCAGCACUCGUUAACCAUCUCGUCCGACAAGGCAAAUACAAAAAUGGCGAUAUUGCAGUCCUGACUCCGUAUCUCGGCCAGCUCCAUCGACUUCGCCAGAAGCUUAGUCAGUCCUUCACCAUCACACUGGGAGAACGAGACCAGGACGAACUUGACAAGGCCGGCUUCGAAGAUGGCGAUGCAAACAAUCCUGCCGUUAAAGCUACGUUACUGCAAACUCUGCGGGCAGCGACAAUUGAUAAUUUCCAAGGCGAAGAAGCAAAGGUCGUGGUGGUCUCUCUGGUUCGAAGCAAUCCACAGAACCGAUGUGGGUUUUUGCGUACUUCGAAUCGGAUUAAUGUCCUCUUAUCACGAGCACAGCAUGGGAUGUAUAUCAUAGGCAAUUCGCAGACGUCCAUUCAUGUCGACAUGUGGGCAAAUGUUGUGGAGAUCCUUCGUCAAAAUGACAAUAUUGGUGCGACUUUGCAGUUACAGUGUCCUCGACAUCCACAAACCCCAAUGUCUGUCUCUCAACCUGAUGACUUCCUGCAAGUCUCACCCGAAGGAGGCUGCAAUCAACGCUGUGUGAAUCGUCUAUCAUGUGGUCAUGCCUGCAUAGAAAAGUGCCAUUCUGAGAUGCUGCAUAAUGCAGUCUACUGUCUGGAGCCUUGUCCACGACCACGUAAAGGAUGUACCCAUCCCUGCCCAAAAAGAUGUGGUAACCCUUGUCCAGCCAAGUGUACGGUCAAUGUAUUUCAGAAAGACAGGGUACUUGAAUGUGGCCACCUCAUGCCUAAUCUCCCAUGUUGGCAGAGCCAGGACCUUUCAACAGUUCGUUGUACAACUCUGGUCAUGAAGGAAGUUCCGGACUGUCAUCAUAAAGUCAGUGUUUCUUGCUUCAUUGAUGUUAAAUCACGUCAAUAUUCGUGUACCAAGUUAUGCCAUCAACCCUUGCCCUGCGGUCAUAAGUGCAAGAAUUUGUGUUCAAAGUGCGUCACGAAACCUGAUUCUGGAGGUGUGCAAAUCGACCAUGGUGCCUGCAAGCAGGAGUGCGGUCGAAAACACUCAACCUGUGCACACACAUGUACCACACAAUGCCAUGGAGAUGAACCCUGUCCACCUUGCCCGGCUCCUUGCGAUGUAAGCUGCGGUCAUUCAAGAUGUAUGCGGAAAUGCAAGGAGCCCUGCACACCUUGUGCUGCAGAAAAGUGUUUUUCUGCGUGUCCGCACAGCUCAUGUACACUACCUUGUGCAGCACCAUGCGACCACAUUCCCUGCAGCCGUCGAUGCGAAAUAAGGCUGGACUGUGGACAUCAAUGUCCCUCUCUCUGUGGAGAGACCUGUCCAUCUAGUCGCUACUGCCAGAUAUGUGGAGAUGAGGACGUCAAGAAUCACGGAGUGGACUUCAUCCUCGGUGAGCCAUACAAGGAAAUCAACCUGGAUGAGAAUCCAUGUGUAUUUCCCAAAUGUGGCCACUUUCUAACCGUGGAGAGUAUGGAUGCACAAAUGGAUCUCAAAAAACACUACGACGUCGAUGCAGAGGACAGGCCAGUCGCCAUUACAGAUGCAGUCCAUCCUUUUUCCAUGGGCGAUAUCAAGACAUGUGCGACAUGCCGUGGGCCGCUGAGAGAUAUUGCGAGAUAUGGUCGACUCGUCCGUCGUGCGAUUCUAGAUGAGUCAACUAAGAAGUUGAUUCUGUACCUCAACCGGGAGUAUGUGCCUUUAGCUCAGGAGGUUCCUCGACAGAUCGCACAGCUUCAGAAUUCCAAGGAUGAGGGGAGGCGACCGUGGCCUGAUAGCUAUCAAAUCAGUGGCACGAGAUCUCAGCAGGUCAACACUAUGGUUAAAAUAAUGAAUGUGGUUGCGCCAAAGCGAUGGAAGAAUAUUCUCGAAAUGCACAAGCGAGUCAACAAGUACUGCCGAGGUGUCGAUGUGGAUGAGCAGCCAUUCAAUCGGGUUCGCGAUUUGGUCUGGUAUGCUCGACAACGCAACAAGUUAGCCAGCGUGUUUGAAUUCGACAACAACGUGCUCCAAACAAAGGGGGCUCUGCAGGGAACGGCACUCAGUGUACGACUUGAUCUGGCGCUCUUGGCCGACUUGUUAACUCUGAAGCAGAAGACCUCUUCUAAUGUGACAGUUGAGCUUAAAUUGGACAACACAAAAGAAGAUUGUCAGGAGCUCAUCAGCAUGGCAACCAAAUCAAGCCGAAUUCUCCAGCAGACAGAAGGUUAUAUUUUUCUCGCGCAGUUGCACGCUCUGGAGCGGUCUCAUUCUCCUCCAGAAGCUGCAGAGGCACAUCUGCAGAACUGCCGUGCAGCCAUCACCGAAGCAAGAUCCCUUUGCACAGCCCACCCUGGCCAAACACAAGGCUUGUCAGAUGAAAUCGACAGUGUCGAAAGAAUGCUUGAGGGUGUCACUUUCUACACGGCCGUUACCAACAACGAACGCAUGGCGGUUAUCCAAGCUAUGGCACGUGAGUUCCGGGGUACCGGACAUUGGUAUUACUGCCAGAAUGGACACCCCUUUACGAUAGGAGAGUGUGGAGGAGCAGUGCAGACGACAGCGUGCCCUGAAUGUGGUGCGCCAGUUGGGGGACGGAAUCAUCGCACAGCAGAUGGGGUGACUCGGGCGGGGGAUUUGGAGAAUGUAUUUUCUGCGAUGAGAUUGUAGGGGUCCAAUUGGAUGUACUUAGUUA